AUGGCGGUGGCUGAUAACACUCGAAUGAAAGGGAUGGAAGCAGAUAUUAAGCGAUUGUUCCAGAUGAUUGAGACGGUCUCCGAGGAGAACAGAACGGAGCGAGCUCGAGCUUCCGAGGCAGCAGAUCUCAAGCUAAAUGCGAUCCAGUCCUCUCUUGCUCAGCUUCUCAACGAGCGUCCUCACGAUCGCUCCCCUUCCGGUGAUUCCCGGCAUGGUUCGAACUCAGGCUACGAUCCUUUCACACGCAAUGGUCCUCAUCUUCGAAGGGUGAACUUUGAUCUGCCUAAGUUUAAUGGUUCCGACGCCCUUGGUUGGAUUUUUUCUCUCGAUCAGUAUUUUGAGUUCUUUCGGGUCCCAGAGGAGGAACAACUUGCAAUUGCUGCAAUUCAUAUGACAGGUAUGGUCAUUCCGUGGUACCAAAUGUCGCAACGCUCUGCUCCUUUUCGAUCAUGGGCACAGUUGAAACGCGAGAUUGAACUUGAGUUUGGCCCUUCGUUGUUUGAAUCCCCACAAGAAUUGUUGUUUAAGUUACAACAACAAGGGUCGGUGGGAGAUUAUUAUGCAGAAUUUGUUGCCUUAGCCAAUCGCACCAAUCUUGAACCGCAUGAGGCCUUGCGAGAUUGCUUCGUGAGUGGUCUUCGGCUUGAUAUUCGCCGAGAGGUGAAGGCACAAUGCCCUCCAUCGCUAAUGCGGGCCGUCACACUCGCUCGGCUCUAUGAAGACAAAUUUGCCACCGUCCCUCGCACUACCUACGGCCCCAACAAUUUCAGUGCUCAGCAAGCUUCCCAAAACCCCAGCACUCCACAGCGGCCCACUAGCCGCAAUAGCCUUCCUCCACUCUUACCCACACCUAACCAGCGACCUUCCACCAGCAAUUCCAAGAACUUUGUCAAGCGACUUUCCCCUGCCAAAAUUCAGAUUCGUCGAGAAAAGGGCCUUUGCUUUUGGUGCGAUGAAAAAUUUUCGGCAUCGCAUAAAUGUGCUAACAAACACUUGAUGUUGCUACAAUUGGCGGGAGAAGAUGACCCUGCAUUAGACGACCUUGGAGAGCUUGUGCAAUCUGAGAGUGCCAUUUUAGAGCAAUUAGAGCAGGACGUCGUAGCACAUCAUCUUUCAUACAAUGCCAUGCAUGGCACUAAAGGACCUUCCACCAUUCGACUCAAAGCUAUGCUAAACGGGUUGGAGGUGCAAGUUCUUAUCGAUGGGGGUAGUUCAGACAGCUUCAUUCAACCAAGGAUUGCAAAGUUUUUAAACCUGCCAGUUGAACCUUGCCUUGGGUUCAAGGUUGUUGUAGGGGACUUCGAUGUUCUCACAGUGGAGGGAUGCAUUUCCAAGAUCGAUAUUCAUGUACAAGGCUGCAAAAUAACAAUUCCUGAGGUGUAUGUCCUUCAUGUAGCAGGUGGUGAUAUGGUAAUUGGCACUACUUGGCUCGAAACCCUCAAGACCCACAUUGUUGAUUAUGACAGUUCUUUUCUGCGCUUUCUGCAUCAAGGUAAAUUUGUCACUAUUCGUGGUGACAAGACCUUAGCUCCAGCACAAGCACAAUUUCACCAUAUUAGAAGACUUGCUCAGACUGAUUCUAUAGCCGAAGCCUUCACUCUUCAAGUCCACAAAGCCGACAACAAGUCUAUCAACUCUUUAGAGCUGCCUGAGAACAUGGACCCUGCCCUGAUGUUAUUGCUUCAUAAAUAUGCGACGGUGUUUGAUCAACCAGUUGGCCUACCUCCGCAGCGAGCUCAAGAUCACAGCAUUCCUCUCAUCCAAGGAGCGGAACCUGUGAAAGUUAGGCCGUAUAGAGUCCCGCAUAGCCAGAAAGAACAGAUUGAAGUCAUGGUCCAGCAGAUGCUUCAUGAAGGUAUUAUCCAACCUAGUAAUAGCCCAUUUUCCUCCCCUAUUCUGUUAGUUAAGAAGAAAGAUGGGACUUGGCGUUUUUGCACCGAUUAUAGAGCCUUGAACAAAAUUACAGUAAAGGAUAGUUUUCCGAUCCCGACAGUUGAGGAACUACUCGAUGAACUAUUUGGUGCAACUUUUUUUUCGAAAUUGGACCUUCGAUCCGGUUAA